UUUAAAAAAUUUAUACAAUUAAUUAGUUUAAAUAAAUAUUUUUAUUUAAUAUUAAUUUUCGGUAUUUUGAUUACUAUUAAUUCUUCAUCAUGGAUUGGUGCUUGAAUAGGUAUGGAAGUAAAUUUAUUAUCAUUUAUUCCUUGUUUUUUUAUUUUAACUAUUCAAAAAAUUGCUCCUUUAUUUAUUUUAAUUAAUAUUAAUAAUAGAUUAAUUAUUUACAUAUCAAUAAUUUUGUCUGGAUUUAUAGGUUCAUUAUUGGGAUUAAAUCAAAUUUCGUUAAAAUUAAUUAUAGCUUAUUCUUCUAUUAAUCAUAUAUCUUGAAUGUUUAUAUCAAUAUUAAUUGAUUUUUAUAUUUUAUUAAUUUAUUUAAUAAUUUAUUCUUUAAAUAAUUUAAUAAUUUGUAUUUUUUUUAGUUACUUUAAUAUAAAUUAUUUGAAUCAAGUUUAUAAAUUUAAUAAUAUAAGAUAUUUUAUGAAGUUUAUAGUUAUGAUAAUAUUUAUAUCAAUGGCUGGUAUUCCUCCUAUAUUUGGUUUUAUUCCAAAGUUUUUUGUUUUUAUUUUAAUAGUAAAUAAUAAAUUUUUUAUUGAAUGUUUGAUUUUUAUUAUUUUUACAUUAAUUGUUUUAUUUUAUUAUAUAAAUUUAAUUUUACAUCAAGAUGUAGCUUAUAUUAAAGUUUAA